AUGGAUGCCAUGAGUUAUGUGCUGCGCAGAGCGGCCCGGUCACCAUUCUCGGAUGAGAUUGAAUGUGCUCAAAUGCUGAGGAGAUUUAGCAGACCACCAUUUAUCUCGUAUGAUGGGAAGACAGAUCCCGUUGAGCACGUGGCUGUAAGUACUUUCAGGCUGGGUCUACUUAAAGAUUCGAAGUUACGUGACUUAUUAACUAAGAGGCCUCCAGAGAAUAUGCGGCAACUUAUGAGACGUAUUGAAGUAUAUAAAAGGCUAGAAGAUGAUUGGGCGCAAAGUAAAGGAAAAGCACUUAUCGCAUCGCAAUACACGAAGGAGUCUCGUAUUAAGAGGAGAUUAGCAGGUAGCGAGACAAUGUUUAGUGAAGAGGUGAAACAAAGGAAAGAAGUUGAGGAAGCACUAGUGAAAGAGAGAGAAGAACUUGAAAAGUUGAAGAAUCUGAAAGACCAAAUGAUGGAAGAACUUCGGAUUGCCAAAGAAGAAAAAGCAUUAUUAAAGAGCCAAAAUGAAGUGUUACAAAAAGAGAGAGAUGAGUUGCAGAUUGAGCGUGACAAUGCACUGCAAGAAGCUGAAGGGUUGAGAAGUAAACAAGCGGAGGCCUCUAUACAAAUGUUUGAGUUCUUGCCCUCUGAGAUUGAAGAAGCUACUCAAGGCUUUGAUGAUUCCCUUAUAAUUGGACGAGGAGGAUAUGGGAACGUUUAUAAAGGUCUCCUGCGUCAAAACCAAGUUGCUAUAAAGAGUCUAAAAUCUAAUGGCUCGCAAGGCCCCUCAGAAUUCGGAAUGGAGGUUCGCGCAUUGAGUCAGCUGACGCAUCCCAAUCUAGUCAGACUUAUUGGAUAUUGUUCAGAAGCUUCUGUCCUCGUCUAUGAGUAUCAUCCCAAUGGAAACCUUGAAGAUCGGCUCAACUGCAAGAACGAAAGUACUCCAUUAUCAUGGCAAACUCGAAUACACAUUGUCACAGAGUUGUGCUCCGUCCUCGUUUAUCUUCAUUCUAGAAAACCUCACAGCAUAGUACAUGGUGAUUUGAAACCCUCUAAUAUUCUUCUUGAUGCCAACUUUAAGAGUAAACUUAGUGACUUUGGACUCUGCCGUAUAUUAUGCCAUGAAAGAAGAUCAAGCAACGAUACAACACAGUGUCAUUUUACAGACCCAAAGGGCACUUUCCAUUACAUAGAUCCCGAGUUUUGUGAAACAAGAAAGCUUACUAGGAAGUCAGACGUUUACUCAUUUGGAGUCAUAUUACUACAAUUGUUGACGGGCCAGAGACCACACUUCGAAAUGGAAAACGACGUGCAAGUUGCCUUAGAUGCUGGAAAGUUGCCAUCCCUCUUGGAUCCUUUGGCUGGAGACUGGCCAAUUAAGACUGCUGAAGAGUUGGCUCACUUGGCCUUGAGGUGUUGUGACAGGUACCAAAGGAACCGACCAGACCUUAGCUUAGAGGUCAGGAAGGUACUUGAACCAAUGAGAGCUUCAUGUGUGGCCUCAUCCUCAUCCCCAGGCCAUAAGAGGAAAUAUCUUCAAGUUCUAGCGGCAGACUCUAGUACAAGGUUUUUUACAUCAAGCAGAGGCUUUGAGGAGACGGCUGGACAGUAGGCAUAACACGUCAGGCAGGAUGAAUCUAAUUUCUAAGCUUGCACACUGUAAAUAUUCUAAAUUCCUGAUCACAAUGACGGAAGAAGACUCUAGUUUCAAACUAGGAACACUACAACCAAGCACCAGACAAUUUAAAGCUCUACAAAAACAAUAACAGGAGUUAUUGAUUUGAACACCAUCUUCAUGCAUGUGCUUAUAAAAUCUUUCUUUCUUCCCUUUUGGAAAUGAUCAAGAGAUUUCUU